AUGCAAAAUAGCGUCAACGACAUAGAGGGUUCGAUUCGCGGCUUCACUCUUUCUGGAAAUGCAUCUGAGAGUCGCAAACGAGAACGACCCAGCUCAAUACCCAACCAUUUGGCGUAUCUACAAGAUUCUAUCCAGGGACUUGAUCAGUCGACAAACACGAUCGUCUUACAAGCGCAAUCAGUCAGAGAUUUAGCUGACGAUGCACCUGCCUUCGGCUGUAUACCGAUUGCAGAAGUGAUCUCGCUUCAUGAACAGACCAGAAAACUCACGGGUAUCAUAUCAGACCUAAGAACUACGAUCGAUAAGAUGACGGAAUCGAUAGAAAUAUCGGUCAUCCGACAGCUCAAUUCGCUUGGCAAUCGAACGACAGAUAUCGAGUUCUGCAGACCCCCGAUAAAGCAACUCUUGUCCCAUUUCGAUGCAGAAAUCAAAAACAUUGUCCAUGAAUCCUUCAACAUCUCCAACGAUCAGAGCAUACUGUUGAGGGUUGCUGAAAAGAGCUAUGAGCAAUCUGUCAACCCUUCUGGCGUGUUGCACGCUGAUCACUAUUUCGAUCCAUUCGAAGAAGCCCAACAAGAAUGGCCAUACGAUCCCGAUUUUGAGAGUGAGGAGUACUAUGAACAUGAGAAUCGGCUUAUUCUGGAUGAUGGUUAUGCUGCAGAUUUUCAAGCACAAGCAGAGCGCAGGUCUGAGGCGAGCCAGAAAGACAGACAAGAUUGGGUAGACUUCUGGGUCCGCGCACUGAACCAUGCACCUGGUGGACCAACACUCUUCCAUCCGCCAGUAGGCUUACACGAAAGAUCCCUCAGUUUGGACGUACCGAAGUAUUUGUUCCGGACUUUCGACGCGGUGAGUCCGGGAAGAAACGACGACAGUAUAAUAGCUUCUAGAGCAAGCAUAGUCGGAUCAGAGAACAGCGGCCAAAGGGACAUUCUGGGCGUAGAGAAGAGGAGAGCAGCGAAACUGUUGCAUAUGCAUCUGGACAAAUACGUUUUUGGCUGCGAGGAACAGGACAACUUAAUGUCCUGGACAAGCUCCCUCCUUUUCGCCAUCCAAUACGCGAUCUGGCGAUCCUAUAACAAUGGGCGAUCGACAUCUAAGAUCAAUAUAUGUGCAGUCGAUCCUUGCAAGUUUCCAUUGGGUCAAUUCAUGCGCGAUGUUCCGUUGCUCGAGACAUUUCACGCUACCGCUGAGCAGUUGGGCAAUCCGAUGGAGAACAUCUUUCUCAGGGAGUGUUGA